AUGGGCAAGAAGUCCUCCGAAAGCCAUUCCAAAAAACGUCACCAUCACCCAGUGGACAGUCUUUGCCGGAAGCUCCAAGCUAUUAACAUGAUGGACCAGACCUCAAACCCUGCUCUACAGAUCCCAAAGUUCCAGUCCAAAAACUUUGACAGCCCACAGGGCAACGUAAAGAAAAACCUGGAGGAGAUCUUGAAGAAAAGGACCUUGAAGAGUAGUGACAGCGAUAGCAACGUGACAGGCAACAACACCUAUUUGUUAAGCCCUUUCACUGACAACGACAUCUCUCCUACAUUCCCACCCAUGGUGACACCAACUCACAGACGGGUCUCUGAUAUCCGCUCACAGACUUUUACAGUCAAUAAAAAUAAAGAAAAGACCCGCAAGUCAUGGCUCCUAAUUGGAGAAAUGGGGAGUUGCUCACCAUAUCUGUUCAGACAGGAGGGGCCAGCUUCUGCCCAGUUGUGUGGCAUGAGCAGCGCAGAACAGAAAUGUGCCUUUUUGACGUCCAGUCCUGACUUGUCUAACCAGGAAGCAAAGUCUGAUCUACCAGUGUUCCAGUCUCCUGUCAGCAAAAGGGCAUCUUUGGGUAAGAGCAAAGGAUGGAAACUGUCAACAGAGGCCGGACAUGAUGAAGACGCUGACGUAAGCCUGAUCUGUGAAGAAGACCUACUGACAACCAUGUUCUCUGCAUGUGACGUGGAAAGAAGAGGCAAAGUGCCUGUUUCCAAACUAGUUGACUUCCUGCGGUACACAACAAGCCGGGGCUCAGAAGACAGCGGCCUGGAAGAGCUAUGUAACAUGCUUGAUCCUGAUCAAAAGGACAUUUCCAUGGACUUGGAAACCUACCAUGCCAUCAUGAAGGAAUGGAUUGAAGACUGUCGAAGGAAUGGCUUAAUUCAAUUGCUGCAAACAGAAUUCAAGGGCAAAACUCGAAGGACUCCUAUGAGAAUGAAUGUAACUUCUGGAAGCCUAGAGGCACUUGGUGGAGAUGUGUCCCGAGGAGACCUGGAAACAUCUGACUUGAUCACUUGCAUAGCAGAUCUGCAGUUCAACAACCAAAAGCUUCAAGAGGAGAAUGGCCAGUUGAAGCGGUCCUUGGAUGCCAUGGAGGAGACCAACAACAGACUAAUGGAAGAAACCGGGGAGCUCCGCAACCAGAUAAAAAGUUUCCAGCAGUCUAUCUCUCGAAUUAAGGUUCUAAAAGAGGAAUUGGAAGAAGCAAAGAAUAACCUCAGUGCUUCUGAAGAGAAAAGUUUGAAGAUGGCAGCCCAAAGUAAACAGCUAGAAAAAGACAACCAGACUCUCAUUCUCAAGAUUUCCUCAUUACAAGAAGAGAACAUCAGAAGUGCUCUGGAUUCAGAUGGUCUCGAGAGGAAGAUUGUAGAGUUGUCCAGAAAUAUGGCUGAGCUGCAGACGCAAGUACAUCUGUACGAGAGCAUGCUGGGGAGCAAAGACGCUUCCCUACUUAAGAAGGAACUGCAUAUCCAGGAAAUGAAGUCUACUCUUACGGAAUAUUCCUCAGUAAUCGAGACUCUGCGAGUAGAGAAAAAUAAACUGGUGAACAAUGUCCAGCAAAUGCAACAAGAGCUCAUCUCGAAUGGCAUAAAUUUCCCCUUAAUUUACAAGUUCAACAGCAGCGUCCUUGAAAGUCCCAACUCCUUGCACUGUGAACUGGAACUGGCCCAAGGACAAUCAGAGGUUCCUGGAAUCGAAUGGACUGCGCUGGAGGAAUCUCUGGACAAGGAGGUCUUACUGCUCCUGCAAGGACCAGAGCGAGUGGGAGAAAAAUUUAAGGCUACUAUCCAAAACCUGCAAGAAGAACUGGCAGGACUGAGACUGCUUUGGGCAACAGACUCUGAAGAAAAUGUGCAAGACUCAUACGAGAAGAAACUGGAGGAGAUCCAGAAAAACCUGGAGAAUAAAAAACCAAUCUGGAUUCAGAAACUGGAACUCUUAAAUACUCAAAAGGAAUCCAUGGACAAGGAGCUUAUAAAAAUGGCAGGGAACCUAAGGAGAAUGAGGACAGAGCAGCUCCAUUUGAAGAGAGCACUUUCCUCCAGGGAGCAAGAGCUAGAAUCAGUCCGGCAACUGAAAGAGGAUAUUGUAUUGGAAGCAGGCAUCUUGAAACUGGCACUUCAAGAAGCAACAAAGCAAGUGGAGGAUGCAGACAAGAAGGUUAAGGAUUUGGAGAACAACUUUCACAGGGUGCAAGAAGAAGCUAGUGCUCUGCAAAAGAGACUGGAAGAGAGCCUUGCUGAGCAAAGAGACCUCCAAAAUGCAAACACUGAGUUAGCGCAUGCAUUUCAGCUGCUGGAAGAGACAACUAAAGAUCAAAGCAGGGCUCUUGGCUCGCUCAGGAAGAAGUAUUUUAAAGGAUUGUCAUGUGGAGUUCUUUGCCAGGUCUGUGGAGAUGGUGAUGGGAGCCCUCAAUCUGGUUCAAAAGUAGAUGAAAAGACAAGGCCCGAAGAGAAGGUAUCCUGUUGCUCCCAGAGAUCUGGUAGUCAAGAAAGCCAGCUUUUCAUCUCAUCCCGGUCAACCAGCCUAAAAUGUUGUUGCUCUCAUUACACUUCAUUACUAGACGCAUUAGCUCUUGAGUCACUCGACUUGAUUCAGAGAAGUUCUGUGCUGAAGAGCUUUGGAAAUACAGGAACCCAACCUAUGCUUGAGAAGAAGCCUCUGAGAAAUGAAUCUAUCAUGGAUAUGAUGCCGGAGGUGCAAAAGAGCAACAACUGUUGUGUUGGUGAGCAGACGGAUGUAGACUUUGCCUUGGACGCCAGGAUGGAUGCUGACUUGACCAAGGAGAAUGAUGCCAAGCCAUUGACAGAACCUGCAACAAGUGAGCCAAGUUCGUCCAUGGAGGCCGUUCUCCCUGCAUCUGAAUGCACAAAUGGGCCGCAAGAUACAGACUCUACUCCUCUUCCUUCCAUGGAGGGAGAGGCUUCCAAGCCUGCUUUAGCAAUGAUGCAUGGAGAAGCUGUUGUUGGUCCGAACACAGAAGCUAAACAGGAGACUCCACACCGCCUUUCUGGAGGUUCUGCUUCACCUGGGCAUCUACCCAACUUUCCAGUGUCUCGAAAUAGGCAGAAGACCAAUGUUUCUCCCAAUGAAAAGGAAGUGGAGGCAGAAUUUCUUCGGCUCUCUUUGGGGUUCAAAUGUGACCUCUUUACCCUGGAGAAGAGGGUCCGGCUGGAAGAGAGAUCCCGGGAUCUGGCUGAAGGAAACUUGAGGAAAGAGAUUGCUGGUGCCUUGAAACUGCUAGAUUCUUUGGCCUCUUUAAGUGAAGAUAACCAGGUGCAAGAGACGGUUAAGAAGCUGCAGAAGAGCCUUGAACUUCUGAACCAACAUGCCACUAGGAUUGCCAGCAAGGCAGAAAUGCUGGGAGCCAUUCAUCAGGAAAGCCGACUCAGUAAAGCAGUAGAAGUCAUGAUCCAGCAUUUGGAAAACUUGAAACGUACAUACGCGAGGGAGCAUGCAGAGCUGGAGGAGCUGAAGGGGUUGCUGAUGCAGAAUGAGAAAUCCUUUGGCUCUCUUGGUGAUCGAGAUGAACCUUCCAUUAGAAAGCUCUCUGGUUCUCUAAAGCCAUCAUCCCUACGCAGAGUUAGCAUUGCAACCUUGCCUGGGAAUACUGGGAAGGCUAUCACUCUUUUGCCACUGGGUCAACUAAAUGAAGCCGAUGGAAGCGAGAGGAAUGACAAGUUCAACAGACGCUCAAGUUGGGGCUUAGUAGGAGCAAAACAAGGCGAGAAGCGCCCUUCACUACAGCGCUUCCUGAGUUCGCAUUCCUGGACAGAAUCAGAGGAAGAACAACUUCAACCAGAAAACACCUCUUUGGAAUCAGAAGUUCCAGAACUACAAGGAAACAAGUCACGGAAAAUGAGUGAGAAGGAAAACAAGCCACCCAAAUGGAGGCUACAAUCACUGUGUGCCAGGUUUCUUUCUUGUGCCUCGUCUCUGAGGACUUCCUUCAGCCGGGCUAGCAAGGCGCUCUGUGUUUCCGUCAUCGCGGCUGUGUUCAUUGCCAUGGUUUCAUUCUUCAUCAUGGGCUUUCCAUUCCAAAGGCCAGUGCAAGGUGCUCCUGUCGAGAUAGGGGAUGCUUGGACUUCGGUGCAGCAGCUGUUAUGGCCAUAUACUGGACUCCAGCAUCAAGGUCCACCACCUGUAUAAGGGAGUGGUGGAGUUUCAGAUGGGUCUCUCUGAUCCCCACCUAUCUGAGGACCCAGUUUGGCCUGGAUUCUUGAAUGGCCUGGUGCAAAAAGAAGCAUAGUUCAAGACUUCCAGCUUCAA